AUGAGGGAGGUCGCGUGUAUGAAUGCACUUCUCUCUUUCCGCUCAUUCAUAUUGUACGAUGUCCUGUACAUUAUAUAUCUCAUAGGAUGCGUCAUUGGACUGGACGCAGAGGUUGUUGUCCUUCGAGCCGUUCGUGGUAGAGAUGCGCGGCUUCCUUGUGGCCAAGGAAAGGUGUUUUUAGAUGGACCAGACUCAUAUGUGCUGUGGCUUAAAAAUGACAGAGAUUUCCUAUACAGAUUUCCCAACGAAGAAACUGAACGGAGAGUCGUCAACAGGGAUAGGAUAUUUGGAACUUCAUGUGAAGAAGGCACAUGUUAUGAUGAUACCUCUCUUAUAUUAAAGCGAGUAAGUGAACAAGACGGUGGCAUUUAUCGAUGUAGAGUACAUUACCAAGCAUCUCCAUCUCUGGACUAUGUAAUCGACGUUAGGUUAGUCGAUUCUCCAGGCAUCCCUAGAAUUUUUAAUGAAGGAGGUGAAGAAAUAAAAAGAGGCUACGUAGGUCCACUCAGUUUGGGUUCGAAUAUGUCUUUGAUUUGCGAAGUUGAUGAUGAUCAACCCGAUACACUUGUGUACUGGCGUCGUAACGGUAUACUGAUCGAGCGGGCGCACACAGUUCGAACAGGCGUGUUGCGUGCUGCCGUUCGUGUGCGCAACGCAACGCGAGACGAACUCGAUGCACACUAUGAAUGUUUGGCACAAAAUGCCGAUGUCACCGAACCAUUGAGUGCCAGCGUCGUGGUUAAGAUGUACCUUCCGCCACUUAGCGUUGAAAUACGUCUCAACAACAAUUUUGACUUCGAAGCCGGUCAUCCAAGAGUCGUAGACUGCGUGAUUGUUGGUUGCGUACCACCACCCGCAAUUACGUGGCACCUCGGGGAACAAUUACUACGGCCUAAUGUGCAUAAAGAACUUCAUGAUGGCAACUAUACGGUGUCUUCUCUGACGUUGUCGCCUUCUUUGCGCGACUCCAAGCAUGAUUUAGUUUGUCGAGCUCACAAUUCACAUUUACCAACCUCGGUGUUCGAAGAUAAAGUUACUUUAAACGUUGGAUAUCGUCCUUUGUGUCUAAAUAAUCGAGAAGAGACCGUUGGAGCGCUGGUUCAGGACGCAGAGACAGUUAGCUGUGUAGUGGAAGCGUCGCCUGAGCCGCUACAGUUUAGCUGGACCUUCGCUGACUCCCGAGUAUUAUACACCAGUGUGAAGAAGGUAUCAGGGCAUCACAAUAGGUAUUCAUCAACACUAACAUGGCUUCCAAGAGAAAAAGAUAUCGGCCUUCUUCUAUGUCGAGCAACAAAUUCAUUUGGAGAACAAAAACGACCAUGCUCGUACAGCAUAGUACCUGGUGGUCCACCGCACGCCCCUGAGUGUGUCGUAUUGAGAUCUUACCCCCAUUCCGUACGAGUACAAUGUCAAAAAGGUUGGGAUGGCGGCAGACAACAAACCAUCCAUUUGGAACUCCUCGGCAUGGACGGUACGGUCUUCCACAAUAUAUCUAAUGCAGCUGGGCAUUUCCUUUUACCUGAUAUUGAAGACGACAGAAACUUGACCGCACUUGUGUAUUCAAGCAGUCCAAGAGGAAGAAGCAAAACAAGAACUGUUCAUUUACAAACAAUAACUCCUCUAAGUCCUUCAGCUGUGGCAGAAACAGUACCACUUUAUUCCUGGACGCGGUGGAUGGAAGUGACCGCAGGGGCGGUAGCCGUCACCGCAGCCAUUGGAGCAGCAAUUAUUUGUAUCAAACUUAUGAAGACCAAACGAGAGAACAUGGAAAUGAAUCCGGAUUUAGUUUCUAGAACUGAUGGUUCAUUCCAUCGAGAGCCAGACUUUGCACGUGAAGAGCGGGUACUGGGAACAACUAAUAUAACCGUUAACCAGUUAGCUUCUUGUCAGAACCAAUAUUCCGCUUCACCAGUGCCAGCUUGCCGCGUGCUGGUUGGAUGCGCGGCUCAAGACUCUUGUCCAGCAUCACAGCAUUCUUACUAUGUCUAAAACUAUAAGUAUCACUAACCAUAAAUAAGGUCUUUAGAGCACAAAUCCGUAAAUAUUACUUAAUUAUCGUUGCUUAACAAUUGAUUGUGACUGCUAUUUUUGUGUAAUAGAAGCUAUAAAAUAUUUGUUAGUCAAUCCUCUAGUCAAACUAGUCAUUCAUAGUUGAUACGUAUUAAGGAAUAAAUAUGAAGAGGUAAGGUGAGGGCUAAAGAUUAACUCCCUAUUGCUAAGUUCUUACUCCAAAAAAACGCUUCUAUAUUUGCCUAUACAUAGAUUUUUUUUGUAACAUGACAAAAGAAAAAUAUUCUUACUACCAAAAAAAAGUAGAUAGAUUUUAUAUCUUGUUUUUAAGACACAUAUUUAGUCCUACGGAAUGAAUAAUUAAGAUCCUUGUGGUACUCGUUCUUGUAUUUGGCAAAAGUGUAACGAAAAUACAUACAUACAUGCUGGUUUUUGGGAUAUAAUUAAUCCAAUACAACACAAAAUGUUGCUUGGCUUUUUUUAUAUUACGUAUCUUGAACUGUCAAGAUCAAUGAUGUAAAUAUAUUAAUAUGUUCCCAUUCAGUUGUUUUUAGAUAUAUUUAAGUAAUAUAUGUUAGA